AUGUUUGCGUAUACGUUCCGCGUGUCAGCAGUGCGUACUUGUUUGUUUGUGAGCUGCGAUACAGUGUACUACCGACGUGGGAUAAUAGCACAACAGAACCAACAGUGUCUGCAUUCCACAAUGUCCGCCCCUCCACCGGUUGUGGUGAUUCUUGGUUCAACCGGUACCGGCAAAACAAAGCUGUCACUCGAACUAGCCUCCCGGUACGCCGGUGAGGUGAUAAGUGCUGAUUCGAUGCAGGUAUACACAGGACUAGACAUUGUUACUGCUAAGGCAACGAAAGAGGAGCAGCAACAGGUGGUGCAUCAUCUACUGAGCGUGGUUACGCCGGAUCAAGCCUUUACCGUGACCCAUUUCCGCGAGAGCGCAUUACCGAUCAUCGAUUCACUGCUGGCGUCCAGUCGGAUGCCGAUCAUCGUGGGCGGCACCAAUUACUACAUCGAGAGUAUCCUGUGGCGUGUGCUGUUGGGCGAAAGCGUGAAACGCGAACGUGUCCGAACGCGUAGUGUCACCGAAGUGCAGGACAUUUCCGAACCUGUUGCGAAACAACCGAAGGCGGCCGGUGCCGUAACAAUGGAGGAUGAGAAUGUGCUGGAACGGGUUCUGGAGCAGCUGCCGACGAUGGGUUCGAGCGAUGCGCUUGAGGCGUACGAAUCAUCAUUACUUCACCGUGUGCUGGAGCGUGUCGAUCCGGAGUCAGCGGAAAGGUUGCAUCCGAACAACAAGCGGAAGAUAAUCCGAGCCCUCGAAGUAUACAUGGAGUUCGGUGGACAACGCACAAUGAGUCAAGAACUGGCAGAUCAACGUGCAGCGCCAGGUUCCUGCAAUUUGGGUGGUCCCCUACGCUAUCGGAACGUUGUCAUUCUUUGGUUACGGUGCGAUCAGGACAUACUAAAUCGCCGUUUGAAUGAAAGGGUGGAUAGCAUGGUUGCACAGGGACUACUCCCGGAGAUACGAGUAUUUUACGAAACGUAUGUCAAGCCAUACAGCGCGUGUGAAUAUCAUCGAGGCAUUCUACAGAGCAUCGGAUUUAAGGAGUUCGUAAAGUACCUGGAUCGUUACGGUCCCGAAAUGGAUCAUGAGUUACUAGAAUAUCGCAGCGUGGCACAAGAGUUCCGCGGCCCCAAACCAGCAGGACUGGAUCAGCUCGAGGACUGCCUUGAAUACCUGAAACUGGUAACACGCCGUUACGCACGCCGCCAGCUGCAAUGGAUCCGAAAUCGGUUUUUGUGCGAUACUGGACGCGAAAUACCACCGAUUUACGCGCUAGACACUUCUGAAAUCAAUAGUUGGAACGUACAAGUGUCUGACAAAGCAAUUGCUAUCAUUGAUGCUGCAAUAGCUGGCGAACCUUCACCGUUUCCGUGCGAACCAAAAACGGAAUAUCACCACGAACGGCUGCACAAAGAACGCACAUACCGGUGCGAAUCAUGUGCACGUGUUUUUAUAGGCGAGUAUCAAUGGCAGAUACACAUUCGUUCGAAGAAACAUAGAAAGAUGCUAAAGCACAAUAAGAACCUAAGCGAUCGAAACGACCCAAACACUGACCGCGAAGACACAACUGUUGAAAUCGAAACGGAACCAAAAUAA